UCUGCUUGCGGUGACGUCACACAACAAGGCGGGGCUUGCUGGCAGGUGAACGGAACACCGUACAGGUGUGAAGUCAGCGACAUGUGCGUCCAGGAAAAGACUUCCAAGGGUUGAGUGGUGUUACGCGCGGCCAAGCCAUGGCGGAUAGGUGCGUGGGAAACUGCGCGCCGGUGUUCUUCCUCGCCGUGGUUUUUGAUGUCGCCGGUCUAAUUGUUCUUCUGGUCGGGAUCUUCGGCAACUUGAACGUGGACGGACGCUUCUACGGAGACUUCCUCAUCUACACGGGCUCGCUCGUCCUCUUCCUCAGCUUGGUGUGGUGGGUGCUGUGGUACACCGGCAACGUGCGGCUGGCAGCCGACCGCAGGAGAAGCUCCCUGGACGCCCGCUUCACGCACUGGGCGAGGAAAAUCUCCGAGAGGCUGUCCAGGAGCGCCAUCAAGUCUCUGGAGAAGAACAACUGUGGAAAGAACGUGAACGGAAUCUCGUCCUCUGACGCGCACUCGAGAAUUACGUGGGAACGGAACGGCGCCUGUCCCGCGGGCCACAACAACAAGGGCUUUGACGGGGGGACCGAGUGCGCUCCUGACCGCAAACACAUGGAGCUGGGGAUGUUGAGGAACUCGGGGGAGAAUCUACAGUCUGUGGAGGACAAAGCAGAGAAGAUUCUCUGAAAUGUUGCAGAGAAGACUGCUCUGCACUGGGUGGCGGAGGCUGCACCAGACAUAUUUGCUCCCAGAUGUCGGAAGAGGGCCACUUGCAUCAGGAAUGACACCAAACACCCAGCACAGUGACAGUUUGCUUUGUGUCUGUUUGUAGCAUCCAGAGCCUUAGGAAUAGUUUCCUCCCCACAAUCGUAAUAUUGCCAAACAACAACACACACAACUUUAAAGGUAGAUGCAUGGACACUUGCAUCGUUAUUACCGUGCACACUAAGAACCGUUUAACUACCUCAGUGGUUCUCAAACUUUUUCACCAGGUACCACCUCAGAAAACACGUGGGUCUCCAAGUACCACUAUAAUGACCAAGAUUAAAAUACACUAACGUAGUAGGCCUGUAUAAUAUGCUGGAUGCUACAGUUGUGUGUGUUUUAUUGGAAUGACAAAAUCAACUGCUUGAACCUUGCCACAACUCUUAAUCACCCUUGUUCUUAGAGGUUGGCACCACUGUUCUUCCAUUCCUCAGCAAUAUUUUUAUUCUCUAAUAAACAAACCUGGGGUCCACCGAAUGAGAGUGCUUGGCAAGGCUAGGCUAAAAUGCCAAACUGUCAACUCGAUAUCUAGCGCAAACUCAUAUGGCGUCAGGGAAUGAAUUAAUUUACUAACCAAUGUACUUUUUACAACAACAAAAACCCCUUAAAAUAUCUGGUGUGUGCUGUUUAGAGAUAUUUUAAUGAAAAAAGAAUGCAUGAUGUAAUAUCUGUGUGCGCUCUUGUUUAUUUUUUCUAAUAAAUGUAUACUUCUA